GGUACUCUCCGGCACGACCUGCACGGGUGUAGGCAAAUUACCGCGGACCACACCUGCGUUCAUGGCUGUUUCUGCUCAACAAGGAGGCGCUCAUGAUGGCGAGAACGGGGUCGACGUAUCUCUUUUGAAAGAUCUGGCGAAGAAGUCCCUGGUCGAUGCUCUGAACUCGGUCAGUGGAGCCAAGACGCUCAUCCUCGACCCUUCUAUGGCUGGGCCGCUGGGGUUGGUGACGGAGGUUUCCCUACUGAAACAACAUGGAGUCGACAAGAUGUACUGGCUAGAACAAGGCCCUCUGUCAUCGGUAUCGACCACUGCCAUCGUGUACUUAUGUCGCCCAAAGAUUCGGCAUGUAAAGAUCAUUGCCGAUCAGAUCAAGGCCCACCUUCGGGGAUCUCAGAAGUACACGUACACGCUGUUACUCGUACCCCGCGUGUCUGUCCUGGUCGAGCGUAUCUUGGAGGAAGAAGGCGUGCUCGGCGAAGUCAGCAUCUCGUCCUACAACCUGCAGUUCAUCCCUCUAGCGGAGGACGUCGUGUCCCUCGAACUCGAGAAUGCAUUCAAGGAGAUAUGGGUCGACGGCGACGAGACUGCCGUGUACGACUCUGCCAAAGCCCUGGUCACCCUGCAGAAGCUGUAUGGCCUGUUCCCCCGUAUCGUGGGCAAGGGCGAUCGAGCCGCGCGCUUGACAAAAUUGGUGACUCAAGAACUCUCCACCGACGACUCUGCCAGCUCCGUUCCUACUGGUCUGUCUACCCAAUCGGAGCAGGUGGACGCUGUUAUAGUGCUAGAUCGCGCCGUUGACAUGAUCACGCCGCUGCUCACGCAGCUGACAUAUGAAGGUCUCGUCGAUGAAUUGAUCGGCAUCAAGAAUGGUUACGUUCAGCUUCCUGCCAGCCUGGUUUCGCCUCCAUCCAAUUCGGCGGCCAACGCACCUGCGGCAUCCACUUCCACCGCUGUUCAGACCACACCUCUGUCAAAGGAAGCGAAGAAGAAGUACCAGCUCAACGCAAAGACAGAUCCGCUCUUCGGCGAACUGCGCGACGUGAACUUCAGCGCGGUGGGAAAACGUCUGAAUAAAGUGGCACGGAGGCUCGAAGAGGAUUACCAGGCUAGGAAGCAAGCGAAGACCGUCACCCAGCUGAGGGACUUUGUGGGGAAGCUGGGAGGCUUGCAGACUGAGCGCCAAUCUCUAGAAAUUCAUACGGGGCUGUCUGAGUUGCUCAUUCCGCUUACCCGCACACAACAAUUUAAUAGGUCUCUCGAAAUUCAACAGAACCUUCUUGCAUCGUAUGACGUGAACGGACAGAUCAAUGCUAUAGAAGAUUUGAUCGCACAAGGCGCUGAUAUGCAAACCGUACUGAGGUUGCUCUGUCUCGCCAGCAUAACCGCUGGGGGUAUCAAGGCAAAGACUCUCGAAAACAUCAAACGAGAAUUUCUUCAGGCGUACGGGUAUAACCUCCUGCCGUUGCUGUUAUCGCUCGCCUCUCCAUCUCUCGCAAUGCUCUUGCCGAAUCCGCUUCCACCAACCCUCGCCGGGACAAAAUACCCGUACACAACGCUACGGAAAUCAUUGCGGUUGAUGAACGAUGAUCCUGACGCGCCAGAAGAACUGGAAAACGACAUUAGCUACGUGUACUCGGGGUUUGCGCCGAUCAGCGUGAGACUGGUGCAGUGCGUGGCCCAGAAAGGCGGGGUGCUUAGCAACCCCGCUUCAGACAAGGACAAGGACGGUUCUGCGGCCGACGGCGGAAAGAACAAAAGCGUUGGUCAAGUGCAAGCGCACCCCAUCGUCGGUUGGAGAGGGUUCGAGGACGUCGUGGCCAGCAUACCGGGCGAAACUGUGGACGUUACGCAAACUGCGCACGGCGGGGAUGGUGCGGUGCCGCUGAUUCCCUCCAUAUCUCAAGGCCCAGAGCGGACGAGGACCACGGUCGUCUUUUUCUUGGGCGGCUGUACGUACACGGAGAUAGCAGCGCUACGCUGGGUCGGGAGGCAGAAUAGAGGCCGUCGGUUCCUGAUAGCGACGACGGGAAUAAUAAGUGGCGGGUCCCUCGUGAGCAGUCUGGGCGGCACGGCACAAACGGGUGCGCCGGCGGGAGGUAAGGACGCGGCACUGUAGGCAUGUGAGAGGCCGCGUUCGUUUACCGUACAGAGCCUCAUUCCUGAUACGCAUUGGAGAAUCAUGAUCUUGCUAGUUUCGUGCGCAUUUGGCCUAGUCGUAGCUAGUCUUCGGGGUCCUGGUAGAGACGCGCUGUCACGGAAUGUCACGCGGGAAACACAAUCAACCG